AACAAAUUGUGAAGCAUGAUGUAAAAUUAAUUAAUUAGGUUGUAAACAGAAUUUUCAAUCAUAACUAGAAAAAUUUCUAAAGACAUUACGUCUCCCUGGGGGCGAUCGAUCUUAACCCAAUUUUGCUUAGCCGCAGAAGGGACACACUUUUCUGUUUAACUUUUCUUCUCAUCCAAACAACCCAAUUUUCCACUUUCAUAUUCGAAUUAUUGUUUAAUAUAUUUGAGUGGACGGUGACAGAAGAAGAGACAAAGAGACAGCCUAGUCCAAACUCCACGCUCCAGUUGAUCCGAUGGGGCCAAAUGCCUGGACGAUCCAACGCGGUUCAACGAUCUGACUCUUACUCGGGCCCCACCGACGGCGCCAUUAUUCAUAGGAGAACAAAACACAAACACAAGAGAAGCUUCUUCCCUCUCUGCUCUGCUUUUGCCGGUUAAGAUGGAUGAGGUCAUCACGGCUGCCGAUGCCACCACAACGGCUUCGCCCAAUAACCUUCUCCCUUACAAUCUUCCUCUAUUCUCCGCUUUGCUCGCCUGUGCUCUCGCUCAGUUCCUAAAGCUAUUCACUACCUGGUAUAAGGAAAAGAGAUGGGAUUCCAAGCGAAUGCUUGAUUCAGGUGGAAUGCCCUCGUCGCAUUCGGCUACUGUGACGGCUCUUGCAGUUGCCAUAGCUCUGCAAAAAGGAACUGGAGCACCGGAAUUCGCUCUCGCUGUGGUCUUGGCUUGCGUUGUGAUGUAUGAUGCCACUGGCGUAAGACUUCAUGCGGGUCGCCAAGCUGAAUUGUUGAACCAAAUUGUCUGUGAGCUUCCUCCCGAGCAUCCUUUAUCCAGUUGCAGACCCCUUCGUGAUUCCCUUGGGCAUACACCAAUUCAGAAUUAGGAUACUUUGACGACCUUGCUGGUUGGGAAGCUUGUUAAAGGGCUUUACAAGUUCGAUCCAAAUCAACUCAAUCUUGUUCAAGACACCACUGCCACUUCCACUACCUGCCCCAGUCAGUCCACAGAAACCAGUUUGGCCACUACACACUGUAACAUUCAUGUUUUGUCUCCUUCUUCUUGUGAUUUUUCAUUAUGGCACAAUAGGUUAGGCCAUCGAGCAACCAAAAUUGUAAAAGUUGCUCUUUCCUCUUGUAAUAUUCCACUCAAAAGCAAUAAAACAAAUUUUCUUUUACCUGAUUUGUGUGUUGCUUGUUGUUUGGGGAAACAUCAUAAGUUGCCUUUUCCUAAUUUUACUACUGUCUAUAUCUCUCAUACAUGUUGACUUAUGGGGACUUGGUCCCAUCGAUUCUCCUACUGGGUAUAGGUACUAUAUUAGCUUUGUAGAUGCCUUCUCUAGGCAUACAUGGAUUUAUUUAUUGAGAACCAAAGAUGAGGCCCUACCUACCUUUACCAUUUCUAAAACACAAGUUGAAUUAUAGCUAGGACACAAGAUAAAAGUUAUUCAAUCGGACUAGGGUGAAUACAGGUCUUUUGCUUACUUGCUUAAUUAAUCAGAGUUAUAAUUCACAAACUUUUAUGUCCUCACACACAUGAGCAGAAUGGGGUAGUUGAGAGAAAACAUAAAUAUAUCAUAGAGAGUGCUCUAACUCUACUCUUCCAUUAAAGUAUUGGACUGAGGCAUGCAUUUCUGCAGCCUUCUUGAUCCAUAGAAUGCCCUCUCCUCAAUUGAACUUUUUUUCUCCACUUGAGGUUUGAUUUCAUACUAAGCCUCAUUACUCUAUGCUAAGAGUGUUUUGGUAUUUAUGUUAACCAAAUCUAAGACCAUGUAACAAGAAUAAACUUCAGUAUAGAUCUCAACCUUGUGUGUUUUGGAACUCAUUAAGGGUAUAAGUGCUUAGCAAAAGAUGGCAGACUAUACAUUUCUAGGGAUGUCCUAUUUGAUGAGUUAGGUUUUCCAUUCUCAAAAGUUGUUGUUGAAUCUAAACUCUCAUCAUCUGUGUCUCCCCUUUUCACUAUUCUUGGCCAACCACCUAUCUCUUCUUCCACUGCUCCCUUACCAGCUCAAUUUCAUUUUUUUAAUCCACCACAACCUAGUGCUUUUGUUACCCCACACACCUCUAGUCAAAACAGUGAUCCUAUACCAUAUUAGGCUCACCAAAACACCCGUCUUACUCUUGCCUCUAGUACUCAAACUCUGCCUCAUAACUCUGAGUCAUUUUCCUCUCCUGUGUCUCACAAUUUCUCAUCUGAUCAUACUACACUUGUAUCUGUGCCAACUAAUCUUGUUGCCACAUUGCCUACUAAUACUAUUGCUCCUCCUAUAUCUGUGCCAACUAAUCUUGUUGCCACAUUGCCUACUAAUACUAUUGCUCUUGUUUUAGCUAUCACUACACGUAACACUCAUCCUAUGACUACCAGGACGAAGUUAGGAAUUCAUAAACCAAAAGUUCUAAUUGGCUUCUCUUGAACCUACCUCUGUUAAUGAAGCUUUGAAGAAUGCUAAAUGGAGUGCAGCUAUGGACACUGAAUAUUAUGCUCUCAAGAAAAAUGGAACUUGAGUGUUACUUCCUCUUACACCUGGUAGAGCUGCAACAAGGUGCAAGUGGGUGUACAGAAUAAAAGAAUAUGCAGAUGGAUCCAUUUCUAGGUACAAAGCCAAGUUAGUAGCAAAAGGUUACCACCAACAACUUGGUUUUGAUUUCAAUGAGACCUUUAGUCCAGUGGUAAAACCUGUCACAAUCAAAGGGGUUCUCAGCAUUGCCAUUACAAAAAGGUGGAAAAUAAGACAACUAGAUGUGGACAAUGCAUUCUUAAAUGGUGAUCUUGAUGAAAAGAUCUAUAUGACUCAACCUCCAGGUUAUGUGGAUCCUCAAAAUCCUACUGUUGUGUGUAAACUUAACAAAGCCUUGUAUGGCUUAAAGCAGGCCCCCAAGGCCUGCUUUGACAAAUUAUCUGCUGCUCUCAUUGGCCUUGGAUUCAUCUUUGCCAAAACAGAUCAUUCUUUGUUUGUUCAAGCCACAUCCAAUAGUUGCACUUAUAUACUAGUCUAUGUAGAUGACAUUCUUGUCAUUAGAAGCAAUGAUUUGGUUGUUUCAGACUUAAUUAAUAAGCUAUAUCAAACAUUUGCUCUCAAAGAUCUUGGCACUGUUGACUACUUCUUGGGCAUUCAGGUCAUUCACACUAAUGAUGGUCUAUUCUUAUCUCAGCAAAAAUACCUUCAAGAUUUACCGUGCAAAGGUUGUCUAACUUUGGAAGUGAUCCUGUUGAGGAUCCAACUCUGCAUAGGUCCAUUGUGAGAGCUCUCCAGUAUGCUGUUAUCACAAGGCCAGAUACUGCCUUUAGUGUCCACAAGGUCUGCCAAUUUAUGCACAAUCCUCUUCAGUCUCACUGGGUUGCUGUUAAGAGGAUUCUAAGGUAUCUGGCAAGGACUCUUGACUAUGGUUUGCAGCUACACAAAUCAUCUCAUUUCAAAGGGGCCUUGGAUCCAGAUGAUUGAAGAUCCACCACUGGAAAUUGCAUAUUCUUUGGGGAUAACCUUGUCUCAUGGUAGUCCAAAAAGAAUCUCCAGGUCUUCAACAGGGGCAUAAUUUUGAAGCUUGGCUGUUGUCACAGAAAUCUCCUGGAUUCAAUCUUUACUACAGGAACUUCAUUUCAACUCCACUCUAGUUCCUUCCAUAUGGUGUGACAACCUUAGCACAGUGAUGUUAGCUGCUCAUCCAGUUUUGCAUGCUCGAACAAAGCAUAUUGAGAUUGACCUUUAUUUUGUAUGAGACAAGGUCAUCAAUAAACAGAUUCAAGUCCAACAUGUUCCUGCUACUGCACAACUGGCUGAUUGCCUAACCAAACCUAUAUCCAGUUCCCGUUUUCCUUUUUUAAGGGACAAACUAAGAGUUCUUUCCAACAACACUUAGUUUGAGGGGACUGUUACAGUAAGUUGGUUAGGAGUUAGUUGUCCCCUUGGUUCUUUUUCUCUGUUAUUUUCUGUUAAACUUUAGCUAGCUAGUUGCUAAUUGUAAUUAGCUAGCCUAAGCUACACUGUAUAUAAUCACAACUUGUACUCUCUGUUUUCAAUUAAUGAGAAUUACUUCUUUCUUUCACAAA